AUGUUUCGCCGGCUGCCCCAUACGCUCCCUCCGGACGCGGUCUACGAGCCGGAUCUCGCCAAGUUGGGCUUCUUCAUUAAUGGUGAGGAUCAGAUCCGCUCAGUCCAGAACCCGGAGCGAAAGUAUCAGUACAGGGUUAAUAGGAAUGAACGGUGGAAUGAGGUUCAUAAAUCUGCCCUGCUCAUCGCUGCCUUUUUAGCUGCGAUACGUAAGAUCGUCACCGACCGACUGGCCGACCUGGGCUGUGACACUGUCCGCCUACCACUCGGCGCAGGGGAGUCCGAAAACCACGUCCCUAUCCUGGUGUCCAAGGAAAUCGCUACAAAGAGCCGAGUGACCGUCUUCUUUGGCGCCAGAAAUACGGAACCGGGCAUUUUGAGCUGGCGCAUUAUCGGCCAUCAGGGAAUCAAGCACGGCUCGCUAGUUGAGUUCGCAAAGGCUCUCUUGUCUGUCCCGGUGCUCGAGACUGCGUCGCCUACAUCAACCUCGACGUCGAAGUCUGCGUCUGCGUCUGUGCCAGGCCUCAUUGUCGCAAAUCCGUGCCAGCUGCUCUGGUACCGCGGAGGUGGACGGGCCGUCUCAGCAUAUGAAUGGCUUUGCUUGCCGAGACCGAGUGCUGUGCACGAGGCUCCUCGAGUGGACAGUGUCAAGAAUAAAAUUCCCGGCAACGGCACCUACGGGGAGCAUGUGUCUUACAUGUUUGAGAAGGUGAUUCCGAGCUUCGUCGACAAGGAAGCGAAACUGGAUCUUAUUGCACUGGAGUACUCUGGGUCAGCGAUGCUGGAGUACCUCGCUGAACAUUGGGACUCAUGGUCCGGCCGCAUCAAUGGCAUCUCUUUGAUCACGCCCCAAUACAAGGCAGAAGAUCUCAUCAGCGACGGCGCACCCAGCGGCUUCAUGAACUUCAUCAGCAAGCGUUGUCGAGCUUACUUUGUCUCUGAAUCUCCCAUUGAGACACCAAUAGCUGGUCGUGAGAGGUUUGGAUGCAACUGCUAUGCAAGUGGAGAGCAGGUGUAUCAGGAGAACGUGAUCGUGAAAUGCUGGAGGCAUAUACUGGAUUGGUUCAAUAUGCUUUACAUCAACCAGGACUAUGAAGAAGUCGAGUUUGAGGUGUUCAAGGAAGAUGAAGAGGUGAAGCUUGGUUGGUAG